AUGAAAGCAUCGUCUCUUGACGGCAAUUUGACGAAUCUCAGCGAGAAAUCGUUGAGAGGGUUCUUGAUGAAGAAAUUUCUGAAACGUUUUCGAAGCGAAGAGGAUAGAAGAGAUGAUUUGAAGGAUUAUGAGAGAAUCUGCCGAAAAUCGUACGAAAAGAAUGAGGCCGCCUACGAGCGAUCGAUUGCGGCGGAAAAGUGUGGCAAGGACGAGAUCGAGAUCUGUCGAAAUGUCCUCAAAUGUUACCUU